AUGGCGUCGACUGUUGAAGUCGAAGUUAUACGUGUUUUUUUCUUUCUAUAUUCUUCCGGAAAGCUGAGUCAGAUUCUGACAAGAGACGGUCGACAGAAUUCGCCGCGUCGCCUGGAAAGCAAUCAGCAGCACGUGUCGGAGCUGCAGAAAACUGCAAACAAGUUGCAAGAACUCUGCAUGAAAUUGGCAGAAAAGGACAUUUCUGCGUCAGACGCGAGCAGGUGCGAUGCUUCCGAGCCCCAGUCGUGUUUCUGCUGCUCGUCGCGGAACGGAGUCUCGGGUGAACAUCAGAUGCUCAAGGGCGGGAUCAGAAGUGGGUCCAAGAUCCUCGUCAAGUUCUCUUCGGACACUCGUCAGUGUCGGUCACAAUGUCACGGCCUCGGGAACGUCAUUGACGGAUGCGUCGAGAAAGAAUCUCGAGUUUCGUACAAGGCUUGUUCCUGGGAACGCUGCCAUUCCGAUAAACCUGAAGAAUUCCAUAUGACCGGAGAAGUUCUUGAGCCCUCGGCUCGGCAAAGCAAAACUUUGUCACCGGAUCCCGAGAAAACGAGUCCCACUGAAAAUAAAAUCUCCACGCUAUUCACCAUGUACGAAGAAUGCAAAAAAUACCUGGAAACUUUGGAGCAUCGCGUUUCGCGCGAAUUAUCUUCGCGGAAGGAAGGAAGCAGCAGCAGCUGGCAAAUGAAUCGUCGACACCAAUCCUCGUCUUCGCCUUCAAUCGACGGCGUGCAUGUGACACAUUCAUUCACGGUGUUAUCGGGGUCAGUGUCGAGUCGAGAGUCUUUGUGUGAGCGAGAAAGUCGCGAAGACGUGCUUCGUAUGAAUGGUUUCGAGUCUCCGGACACUAGCGAAAUUUUUGUUCGACACUCGAUUGAGUCAUUGAGACCCGGGAAAACAUUCGCAAAACCUGAAUGGAAAGCCCAUCAACAAGAAACUGAGUUGGAUAAGUACAAAGACAGCAUCAGCAGUGAAUCAUCCAAGCCUGGAAUCAAUUCAGUGUCACCAUCCACGGUCCAAUGUUCAGGUGAAGACGACCGAAAAAAAUUACCAGGAAAACCAGUGCGUAAUUUGAUCAAGAGCGGCGUUAACGAGGAUAUUCACCAUGUAUCAGUUGACGAUACUGCAGCGAAACUCGAGUCUUAUCCAUGUGCGCAUCCGGAAAAUUCUGAAGAGGCCACAACUGUGUCGCUGACUUUGAAAGACGAUCCCAAGUCGGAAGUCUUGCCAAAUCCUUCCAUUAGGAAUCCCCAGCGAGUGAUAGACGCUGAGCGAGUCAUGCCACGAACCACGACGAGCCCAGACAUGGACUCGGACCUGGACGAGUGGGACGACAUCCAGUCCCUGCUGCUGACGGACAGCAGGAACAACCGACGGCGCCCUCAUCCGUCCGGAAUCAUCAACAAAAACACCACCAGCAGCAACAGCAACGCCCUGACAGCCGCCUGCAAAGUGGACGUCAGCAGAUCCGCGGGGCUCGAGCAGGAUUUGCCAGUCCUCUUGGCCCAGCCCGGGAUCCAGAUCGUUAGCAAAAAGGAUAGCGUUCCCGGGACGCCGUAUUUUCUGCCGACUGCGUCCGCCCCGAGCAUUGGCCCACUUUUGCAAAGCUUGCUGCACAAUCCCGCGUGCGCCUUUUACUUCGAUUCCGAGUGCGCUGAUCACGUGCCCAAGGGAUCCCUGUGCAGUUAUCUCAGCGGGUUCAAUAGGUUCGUGUGGGGCCAUGAGAAACGGCUGGCGUUUUACCCGGAAAAGCUUCUGAAUGCCCUGGACGCGCGUUCCGCGUCAUCAACGUGGUCCCCCACGGAGUUGAUGUGGAACUUGAUGCAAGGCUGUGCGACGGAUAUUGCGGAUUUCGAGUCCAAGCGGCUGCAAAUCGGAUUGGAUCCCAGCGUACCCAGGUUCCGAACCCAAUUCUUCGGGCAGGUCACUAUCCGCGCUUCGUGUCCGGACUGCGAUUUCCGCGUGGAGACGAAAUCUGACGUAUUGCAGAGGUCACAUCCGGAUUUCUACUCUGACCCGGCAGUGUGGGCGGAGAAGGUCAGGAGUGACCUGCAGUCGACGCUUUCCUCGCCGCCGCCGGGGGCGACCAAGAAUCUCUGCGACCACCGGCGACUCCACAUCGCCGCGGGGGAAUGCGAACCCCCGGCCUGUCUCUGCGUUGACAUCCCGCCGGGUUGCACUGCGACCUCGGUGCCCAUGGUGCUGGAGUUUCCGGCUGCGGGCUCGGGUCCGAACCAGCAACCGGAGACCUAUGACCUAAUCAGCGUUAUGUAUGGCAAGAAGAUCAACGCCUCUCAGCCAACGACGAACCUUAUAAAAUCGGCUGUUGUUGCGGUUUCUGCCAUUAAAAAGUUGCAGUUCGUGUAA